AUGGUCGGUGCGCGCAGCGAGACAAUCGCACAGUUCUCCGACUUGGUCGAUGCGCAUUUGCCAGCUAUUUAUGUCAUGUAUAAAGAAACAAUGAGCGCGCAAGGCGAGGCUCCAUUGUCCUCUUCGCUAGCGCUGCUUGAUAAAGAAACAGCGCCGCUGGUGCAGGCGUUUGAAGCGCUGCCGCGCGCAGAAUCCUCCUCGUCUGUGUGGGAUGAGGUGGCACAGACGCUUGUAUACGCCAAAGUGCACGAGUUUGUGCAACAAGGGAAUAUAGAGAACAGCGCCGAUAUGUUUGUGCGCUUGGACAUUGCACUUGCGAUGCAGCGAUCUGGUUUGGCCGAGGCAACACUGCCGCUUACAGUGUUGGAAGAUACCCUAAGUGAAGCACCGAUCGCCACUAGUAUUGACCUUUUUUCGUACGCAGAGUCGCGCGUUGCGCAGCUUACGGAAAAUAUAAUGCCUUCUUCUGGAAAAGGCCUCGUUUUGCUGCGCAUGUGCAAUGAGCUCCUGCGACGCUUGUCGAAGCAGUAUAAGCCGCACGCGGCAUUUUCCGGGCGUAUUCGCACGCUGCUUUCCAACACAUUUCCCAUCAAUGAGCGCAGUGGCGUCAACUUGAAGGGCGAUUUCGACAUUGAUAAUGUGACUGUGUGGGACGAGGAAGAAGAGAAGGACGUCGCAAUGGAGGAAGAGACGCAAGAGGACACCCACAAAGAGGAUUCUAACGAGAAAGAACAGCGUUUAAAGCAGACGCACAACGACGCCCAGUCGCCUGAAGCACUGCUUGCGAGCCCGCACUUUUACCGCUUGUUUUGGAGCCUGCAGUACUACUUUUCUCAUCCAUCUCUCCUGUUCAGCGAAGAGCAGGAUACAACGCUUUGCCAUUCUGCAGCAUGUGUGAUGCAUCUUCUGCCAGCGUCCGAUAGCACGACACCGAUGCAGACGUUCCAAGCAAGCGCACAAGCCGUCUUGUCCGUGCUGGGAAUGCAUUCACGCAACGAGCUAAAGAGUACGCGUGCGUCAAAACGCACACACUCUGCAGCCCAAGAAAUAUCCGACGCGUUUUAUCCCAAGCUGCUCACCGGCCGCCCUUUGCUCACUUACGAGCUAAACGACGGCACGUUUCGACGGCACAUUCUCGUCCAGUUCAUGAUACUAUUCCAGUUUUUGCUUGGCUUCACGGAAGCGUGCCGGGAGCGCAACGAGGAAUUUACCAACAAACUGUUCAAGUUUCCAUUUGUGCUGCGCGGGGAUGACGAGCAUUGGGUACGUACCGUAUGGCGGCAGGUGCAGACGCAACUGCGCGACUCUGGUCGCGAUGGAAAGCGGUUUCUCGAGACAAUACUUGGAAUGCUAAGGCGUGAAGGCGCUUGGAUUCAGUGGAAAGGCGCGGGCGCACCACCACUUGAAAAAGAGCCAUUUUCUGUGGAAACAUUGGAUGCAUGGGCGCAAGCUGCGGGCAAUUCGAUCAAUGUCGCGCAGUAUCCCUAUUUGCUUGGCACGCCAGCACUCGGGCUAUUGUGGAGCGAAGGAUUCCAAGCGAAACAACCGAGCGAGGUUCAGGUAACGACAGAAGAAGGUGAAACCCAAACACGGGCGCUCGACGGCCUCGAAGCGCUGGAGUUCCCUGCACAAGGCCCGUCGAUCAUCUCGUUGCAUCGCGCAAUGCUUAUCGAGGAGCAGAAAGCGAAACAGGCGCACGCUGCUUUGGAUGGAGAAGCACAAGCAGACGCACUUGUCAAGAGCGACGCUAAAAAGCAGCGCCUUGCAUGGCGGGCAUUGCGCACUGCGACACCACGAAAACUGCCUUUGUUUGCGUCAAUGCAUGGUAUUGAUAAUAUUGGGGGACUGUUGGAUGCUAUGCAGUGUGAGGAGCGUGGCCAGGUAUAUAAAGCGCAAGUUUUAGAAGAGCCGGACGAGGCGACGGAGAGGGCUGCGCGGGAUCAGUUGGCGCGUGAGGAAGAGGAGAAGGAAGAAAUGGCCGCCAAGGCGCGGGCGGAGGAAAGAGCAGCGAAGGAACAUGCAGAGCAGGAGACGAACCCAAUAGAAAAGAGCAAGGGCAAGGACCAAAAGGCGAAUGAUGCGGAUGAGAAUGCCGAUGGGGACGAUGCCGCAGAGGCCGAGGAAGCAGGUGAAGAGGAUGGUAAAGCAAAUGCCGACGCAGACAUCGAAGCUAAUGCUGAAGUUAGCGCCGCUGAUAUCAUUUCCACACAAGCCGACGCAGCGUCUGAUUCCUCCCCAUCCGAGGACACCGUACAGCCCCAUCAGGAGUCCAACGCAGCGCACGCAUCCGAGCUCAUGGUCGUUGAAUCCUUCCAGGACACUUCUACGGUGUACUCCUCCGAGUCAAGCUCGCCCCGUGUCGAUCCUGAUGCGACAUUCAUGACCGCACACGACGCAGACGCCACGGAAGCCAAUAGUUCAUAG